GUGUCUUGGUCUCUCCCCCCACCACCCUACAUCAUUCAUGAAUGGGCCACCGUGAGUUGUCCCGCCUCACUGUGUUGACAAAUAUAAAUGGGCCUCUCAGUGGAGGCGGUUACAAAUAUACGGUGUCAAUCUCAUCCGACUGAAGUUCUGAGAACGGCAAUUGGAGGAAAUAUUGACUUUAAAGAGGAACAACAUAAAGGAUGGGAGAUCCAAUCCAGUUAAAAGAUGAGGGAAACAAACAUUUCCAAGCAGGAGAUAUUGACAAGGCUAUCGAGUGUUACACCAAAGCAAUCAAUUUGUCUAAGGACAAAAACUUGCUGGCUGUUAUUCACAGAAACAGAUCUGCCUGCUAUCUAAAAAAGGAAAACUAUUCCGGCGCAGCCACUGACGCAUCCAAAGCUAUUGAUGUUGAUGCAGCUGAUAUCAAAGCCUUGUACAGGCGCUGCCAAGCUCUGGAGAAGCUUGGAAAACUCGACAUGGCCUUUAAAGAUGUACAGAGAUGUGCGACCAUUGAACCCAAGAACAAAACUUUCCUGGAGACUCUCCGCCGGUUGGGGGCUGAAAUCCAGACAAAGCUCAAAACAACAUUCUCCACCGAUUCAAGGGUACAGAACAUGUUUGAUAUUCUACUUGAUGAAGAAAUGGAAAAGGACAAGAAGGAAAAGGCUGCCAACAACCUGAUUGUACUAUCCAGAGAGGAUGCAGGAGCAGAGAGAAUCUUCCAGAACAAUGGCGUGCCUCUGCUCCUCAACAUGAUCGAGACAGGAAAACCAGAGAUGAUCCUGGCUGCUAUUCGUACUCUUUCGGGAAUGUGCACAGGACAUAAAGCUCGGGCAAUGGCCAUUAUUCACAUGGUGGGCAUUGAUAAAUUGUGCAGCAUUAUGGCACUUGACAAUGAGGAGAUUGCUCUGGCAACAUGCAAUCUUUUCCAAUGCAUCAACGACUCCCUCACAGGCGGGGAUAAAAGAGAAUAUGGGAAAGAAGAGUCCUUGGUUUUGGAUGCCGCCAAGGACCUGAAGACCAUCCUCCUGUCUUUGCUGGAGAUGGUGAGCAGUAAAAAGGUGUCUGGCCACGGCAGAGACCAGGCGCUGAACCUCCUGAGCAAGAACGUCCCUCGCAAAGGAAAAAAAGAGCCUGACAACUCAAGGACCCUCUUCACUAUCGAUCACGGUCUGAAGAAGAUCCUGAAGGUGUGCGGUCAGGUUUCUGAACUGCCCGACCAGUUGCCCUUGACUGAUAACACACAGCUGAUUGCCAGUGUACUCCUCAACCGGGUUUAUGAUGACCUCACGUGUGACCCAGAGAGAAACAACUUCAGGGACGUUUGUGAUGAGUACAUAAAAUCCAAAAUUGACCCUAACGACAUGGACAAAACAAUUCACGCCAUCAACGUGAUUUCCGGGCUGCUGCAAGGUCCUUUUGAAGUAGGGAACGCCUUGGUCGGAAGUCAAGGCAUCAUGGAGAUGAUGGUGGCGCUGUGCGGUUCUGAACGUGAGGUGGACCAGAUGGUCGCCGUGGAGGCUCUCAUCCACGCCUCGACGAAGAUGAGCCGCGCUAGCUUUAUCAUAACAAAUGGCGUGUCACUGCUUAAGGACAUCUAUAAGAAGACCAAAAAUGAGAAGAUUAAAAUACGCUCGCUGGUGGGUCUCUGCAAACUUGGCUCUGCAGGAGGUGAUGACUACAGUUUAAGACAGUUUGCUGAGGGCUCCACAGAGAAGUUAGCUAAGCAGUGCAGAAAGUGGCUCUGCAAUCCUAUGAUCGAUGCCAAAACAAGGAAAUGGGCCAUCGAGGGUUUGGCUUACCUAACGAAUGAUGCCGAUGUCAAAGAUGACUUUGUUGAGGACGAGCAGGCAUUAAAAGCCAUGUUUGAACUGGCCAAGUCGAAAGAUAAGACCAUCAUAUACGCAGUGGCUUGCACUUUGGUUAACUGCACCAACACCUAUGAGAAGAAAGAAAUCAUCCCCGAGCUGGUACAGUUGGCAAAGUUCUCAAAACAGCACGUGCCUGAGCAGCACCCCAAGGACAAGAAGGACUUUAUUGACAAGCGAGUGAAGAGGCUUCUCAAGGCUGGAGUCACAUCUGCUCUUGCUGUAAUGGUCAAAGCAGACAAUUCCAUUCUGACAGACCAGACCAAGGAGAUGCUCUCAAGAGUUUUCUUGGCAUUGUCUGACGACCCCAAAGAUCGUGGUAUCAUUGUUGCCCAGGGCGGAGGAAAGGCUUUGAUCCCUCUGGCUCUGGAAGGGACAGAUGCUGGAAAAGUAAAAGCCGGUCACGCGCUCGCCAGAAUUGCAGCCAUUUCAAACCCAGAGAUCGCCUUUCCCGGUGAAAGAGUGUAUGAGGUGGUGAGGCCUUUAGUCAACCUUCUUCACACAGACAGAGAGGGAAUCCAAAAUUUCGAGGCUCUACGAGGCCUCACUAAUUUUGCAGGUUUCAGUGAUAAACUAAGGACAAAGAUCGUGAAAGAGAACGCGCUACCCAAUAUUGAGAGCUAUAUGUUUGAAGAACACGAGGAGAUCAGACAAGCUGCCACUGAAUGCAUGUGCAACCUGGUGACAUGUAAAGCUGUCCAAGAGCGCUACUUGGAAGAUGGAAAUGAUAAGCUGAAGUUGCUGGUACUACUUUGUGGGGAAGAUGACGACAAGCUGCAGAUCGCCGCAGCCGGAGCCCUGGCUAUGCUAACUGCUGCUCAGAAGAAGCUCUGCACCAAGAUGACCCUCGUGACCGCCCAGUGGCUUGAGAUCCUCCAGAGAUUGUGUCUACACAACAACCCAAUGGUCCAGCACCGAGGCCUCGUGACAGUGUACAACAUGCUCAACUCGGACGACAGCGACCUGGGCAAGAAACUGAUCGAGAGCGAGCUGCUGGAAAUUAUGUCGGUGAUCGGCAAGGCAGAAGACAAUCCCAAAAGGCAGGAUGUGAUCGAUGUCGCACGGGAAUGUCUGGUCAAAGCUAUGGACCUGGGUCUAAUCAAACCCUUCGCCACCCCUUCUUAAACACUGGUCAUAAACACAAUAGAUGUUUUCUUUCUCUCCUGUGUUUGUUUUGACGAGCCUUUUCCACAUAGAAGUUAUCACUGGAUGAUUACCGGAAAAAUAAUGCAUAAAUUAUUAAUACACAGAUUUGCUGAUGUUUAAACUUUAUAACCUUCCAAAUCAUACUGGCAUUUGAUUUUUCUUUUUAUUUGACAUUUUCGUUCUUGUAGAUCCCAGGAGAAAUUCAGGAUACAGGUAGAGUUAAACUUGUUCAACUUCUGAUUGCAUGGUCCACACACAAAAUAUCAACAGGACAUGACAAUCCCAACAAUUUGUUUUAUUGUGUUUGAAUCGUAUUCGAUUAAACUAUUAACUUUUC